AUGAACGGUCAUCAGGGCAGACAUGCCACCUAUAAGUGGGCACGAGACCAAGGGGUGGAUCUAACCAUGGACAGUAUUUCUCAGGUUAUUCAUGACUGUGAGACGUGUGCUGCCAUCAAGCAGGCCAAGCGAGUGAAGCCCCUAUGGUAUGGGCUACAGGCUGCAGACGUGUGCAGCGCAGCCAAAAUGAUCCAGCACGUGGCUGCUGCAGUUUGCACUCUGUACACUGUGGCUUAUUCGGGGUACUUCUUAACCCACUUGGCACGGCACCUCAUGUCUGGAUUCCGAGCAGCUCCUCCUUCGGGCACAAAAGCAGCACCAGCACCUCCUGGGGCUCCCUCUGCUUCCAAAGAGGAGGCCAAAGAGGAGGAAGACAGCAGUGAGCUUUCCGCUGCUCUGGCGGACGAUGGUGAACUUCCCUCAGUGCCGGGAGAUGACAGUGAACUUCCCGCUGCUCUGGGAGACGAGGGCGAACAUCCCGCGGUGUGGGAAUGCAACGGCGAGGCUCCCGCGGGGUGGGACAAGGACAGGGGACAUCUCCCGGCGUGGGACGAGGACGGUGGAUGUCCCCUGGUGUGGGACCAGAAUGGUCAAGCUCCCAUGGGAGCGUCUUCCACAUGGUUUCUUUCAGGGAACGCCGUGAGCGAGGCGGAGCCUGCCGAGAAAUACCUGGAAGUGGAGCAGAUUGGCCAAGGGGCUUUCGGAACCGUUUAUAAAGGACUCGACAGGGCCACUGGAGGAGAGGUGGCCAUAAAGAAAAUGAGUCUCAGAGGGCAGAACAGGGAACGAGCUGUGAAUGAGAUCCUGCUCCUGAAGGACAAGAAGAACCCCAACAUUGUCAACUCUUUGGACAGCUUCCUUGUUGAUGGAGAUCUCUGGCUGGUGAUGGAAUACAUGGAUGGAGGAACUUUGCGGGACGUUGUCAGACAGACACGCAUGGCUGAAGGAGAGAUGGCAGCUGUCAGUCGGGAGUGUCUGCAGGGCCUGGAUUUCCUCCAUUCCAACCGGGUGAUGCACAGGGAUCUGAAGAGCUCCAACAUCCUGCUGGGCAUGGACGGCUCUGUCAGGCUGGCUGAUUUUGGCCUCUGCGCUCAGCUCAGCCCUGAGCAGGACCAGUGCAGCUCCAUGGUGGGCACUGCUCACUGGAUGGCCCCAGAAGUUGUGAGCAGAUCUCCUUAUGGCCCCAAGGUGGACAUCUGGUCCUUUGGGAUUGUGACCAUCGAGAUGGUGGAAGGAGAACCUCCUUACUUCAGGGAAACGGCGGCCAUGGCUCGCGCUCUGAUCCGGCAGAACGGGACCCCGCAGCUGCAGGAGCCCCGGCGCCUGUCGGCUCUGCUGCGGGACUGCCUCGAGUGCAGCCUGGAGCCGGACGAGGAGCGGCGCUGGGCUGCCCAGGAGCUGCUGCAGCACCCAUUUUUAUCAUCAGCCAAGCCUCUCUCCAGCCUGACACCUCUGAUCACUGCAGCGAAGCAACUGAGGGAGCAGCAGAGGAGAUGAAGCACUUGAGGACAGCUUUCAGUUACAGUAGUCAGGACAACUAGUUAGUUAUGGUAGUUAGCACUGCUACUUUGUUAUGGUAGUUAGCACUGGUAGUUAGUUAAGGUAGCUAGGACAGCCUGUUUGUUAUGGCAGUUUUUGGAAUAAAAACUCUCUUAAACCUCAACUGCCUUGACGUGUCCCUUCCUUGUCCCGCUGUGACUCAGCUGCCCGGAGCAAUGGGAGGGGAGAG